AACAGGAAAGAGGUGCUUCAUUCAAGUUAGGAUUAUGUUUCAUGUCUCAAGUGCGAAUAAUAUAAGUCUUCCUUAUACCAUUAUACAACAAUUAUAUUUGGACGCUGAACUGUGUACACAUAUGUUGGCGACAUUAUGUAUACUGAUCCAAGAAUAUUUUCAAAUCACAAAUCAUGUCGACAAGUGUAGACAGAUCCAAACCAGUAAUUCCACCAAAGCCUAAAGAAAUAUUAAACAAGGCUACAAAGUUAAUAAAAGGAAACUCUUUGAUGAAACAAAAUGUCGACAGUAAUGUCCUGAAAAAACGUCCAAAAGUUCCUCCAAAACCAGUAUUGAAAUGUACAUUGGACAAAACGACUGCCGUCACUGACUCAAAAUGUUUACACUCACCAGCAAAAGAUGGAAGUGUUAAGAAACAACGCCCAUCAGUGCCACCAAAACCAACACUUAAGCCUAAAACUGAUAGUAAAAAUGAUGAAGCAAACUUCGCCAAUUUACAGGAAGAUGCUAAGGAACACGAACGUGUACCAAGACCUUCAAAACAGGUGCUUGGACCAAUUGUGUCAGAAAAGAAUAAUAUCAAAGAUUGCAUUCCUUUACAACACGAUUUAAUUAAUGACAAUGAUUAUAAAAGUCAGGAUGCGCAAGUGCAAACUGCCUAUCAAAUAAUCACCCCAAACAAUGAACAUAAGCAAAAUGGGUAUUUAUCACAUAAUGAAAAGGAAAUUCAUGCUAAGUUCGGUCUCUCACAAAAUGCAUCAUUCCAAAAACAAAAUACAACAGAAAGAACGUUAUUUCAUAACGUAACUGGAAAUCUUAUGGAAGGAGAUUGCAACGCAAAUCAGACACACGAAACGCAAAUUUUAACGUCGACCAGUGAUUUUAGUAUUAACAGUUUUUCAAAUCUGAACACAAAUAAUGAUAAAACCGAUAAAGGUGAUAAGACUGAGAAAAGAAAAGAAGCUAUAAGCGAUCAUGUAGACAUUCUUUUAAAUGUAAAUCCCUCGUGUUCAAAAGAACUAAGUGCUGAUUCACAACAAAAGAAAACGUGUUCUCAUGGGUAUGAAGGUUCACUUAUUUUGCCUCCUUCUCCUUUAAAUGUGAAGGGAAUUGAAUCUUUUGAAGACGCACGUAUAAGAAAUAUCGAUGAAAGUAGCAGUAAAGAUAACGAAGAACUUAUUAACAAAAUGGUAACCAAAGACUACGUCAAUAUCAUCCAAACACACGAUGAUGCACGAUCUGAGAUCGGGAUUAGGGAUAUCACUGAUGAAGAAGUGUUUAAACAAGCCAUUAAAACUGAAAAUAAUUCUAAAGCUGUCCACGAUGAUAUUCGCAUUUCAAGUCGAUCAGAAGAUGAAAAUGUUAAUGAGACAUUUUUGCCUGAGGACACAUCAAAUGAAAAACUUUCAGAAACAUAUGCAGCUCGUAAAAAAACUGAUAAAGAGUAUUUUGUCCCAUUUUUAUUACGACCAAGUAUUACACAAAAUGAAGAAAAGAUACUAGAUAUUAAAGAUUUACAGCCAACAGAUACAAAACAAAGUGCUGAUGAGACGUCGUUGAUCGCUCCACCAAGACCCCCACGACCACCACCUGAAAAGGUUUACUAUGUGGCAGAACGUGAUGUCAUUCCGAUUCCACCCAGUACAUAUUUAAAUUUGCAUCGUGGUGAAAUCUGCGAAAUUUUAGACGACACCAACAAGGAAUUUUGGGUUGCGAGAAAAUUGGAUGGAAAAAUAGGUCGAAUAAUUUCGAGAUUUGUCAGCAUUAAACCGGAGCUUGACAUGAACCCUUGGUUUUAUAAGGAUGUUACAUCACAGCAUUGUGAAUACAUUCUCAGAGAGGUUGGAGUAGAUGGAUGCUUUAUUGUACAAGAAGCAGAUUUUUCACCUUACGUGUUGAUGUUAUUCUGCGAAGAUCGCACUGGUGGCCAAGUGUAUCGGUACCCUAUCAACCUGAAAAAUAAAUACUUUUUUUUGAAUCCACAAACACUGUUUGUGUCAAUUCCUGAUCUCAUACGCUACCAUUAUAAACGAUCCGGCUGUUUACGUACAUUUUUGAAGUGUUCACCACCUUUGAAGUAUAAGGAAACCCAGGAAUUUUCUCUUUCAGAUAAACUAGAGAUCGAGAAAAAUGACAUAGAAAAUUUUCGGCAAAUUGGAUCAGGAAGAUUUGGUGUUAUACAUAGAGGUAAAUUUGGAAGGACAGAAAUAGCAGUUGAAAUCAUUAAAAACAUUCAUAGUUUUCAUGAACAUAUGUUGAUGGAGGCCAGAAUUAUGUCUAAUUUAAAUCAUCCAAAUUUGGUGCAGUUAUAUGGCAUAGUUUCCAAAUCUUUACCGUUGAUGAAAAUAACAGAGUUUAUGCGGAACGGAAACUUAUACCGUUUUCUUAAAGCAAAUAGACUAGGUCUGUUACUUGAUUGUGAAGUCUUAACAGAUAUGUGUCGUCAAGUUUGUCGAGGGAUGGAAUAUUUACAUAAUCAAGGAUAUAUUCUACGUAACUUAUCAGCAAAGAAUUGUUUGGUAGGCAAUAAUGGGAUCGUAAAAGUUUCUGAUUUUGCUAGGGCGAGGUAUUUAAGAAAAGGAGAAACUGUAACCUUUAAUGCCAUACGGGUUCCAUGGGCACCACCCGAAGUUUAUCUGUCUAGAAAAGGAGACAUCAAGUCAGAUAUCUGGUCUUUUGGUGUUUUAAUGUGGGAAAUAUUUACGUGUGGUGAUGUGCCUUUCAUAUAUGAACGUGACAGAAAUGUCAAAAGAAUAAAGAUUUACCCACCUCCAAAACCGACUUCAUGUCCUAAAGACAUAGACAUGUUAAUGUUGCGGUGCUGGGAAUAUGAACCUUCUAAAAGACCUACAUUCAAGGAUUUGAAGACUCAUCUUGAAGAAUGUUACUUGAAGAUACAGGAUGAUGAAGACGAUUCAGACUCCCAACAACUUGCUGAAUUAGGAUUUGAUAACGUAGACAAACAACUUUUUAUGCAUGCAUUGAAAGAAGGAAACGAAUCAGAUAACUUCAUCAGGGUUAUGGUUGUUGGAAAUUUUAACCAGGGUAAAACAAGUCUAACAAGAAGGCUUUUAGAGCUUCCGAUGGAAAACAUUGAAAGUACAGAUGGUAUAGAUAUUCAUGCAGCAAAUUGUGAGGACAAUGUUAUAUGGAAAACAACUGUUUCCCAUGCUGCUGAGAUAAAAGGUGCACGUCGAUUAGCAAACAUUAUAAUACAAAGCAUUAAAACAAUUAAUAAUACUGAAACACUGGACGAUGACAAUGGACAGGAAGACAGUAUGAUGCUACCGGGAGAAUGCAAUGAUGUUGAUGAUAAAAAUGCUGAAUCAUUUGAAAAUGAUAAUACAUGUAAUUCUCUUGACGAAAAAGUAAAUCAAGGCGAUAUUCUAGAAGCAGUCACAGACAAAGACUUUUCUGAAACAUCAUUUUCAGAGACAUCCUCGGAGGACAACAGUGAAAUAGAGGAAUGUUUCACAUCCGGUUCAGACGUAUCUGAAGAUAAAGCAAUCACAAACGAGCCAGACCUACACAUAAAAGCAGUAGAUAUGCUUUCAGAAUUUACAGAAAAAUUGAAAGAUGAAAACUAUUAUGCAUCAAACAAAAAUGACAAUAGUAUUAACGUCAAUAUUUGGGACUUUGGAGGACAGUUCAUUUAUUAUGCCACUCACCAGAUUUUUCAUUCAAGAGACGCAAUAUAUCUUUUAGUUUUUGACCUAACGAAGGACCUUGAUAGCAUAGUAGAGGAUGAAGAUUUUCCAGACAGAAAGUUUGAUAUGAGGACAUGCUUGAAAUUUUGGAUCAUGUCAGUGCAUGCUUUUGUCGGAACAAAGGACGGCAAGGAACCAAAAAUAAUACUUGUAGGGACACACAAGGCUGAUUGCAUCAGCAAAAGUGAUAUUGAAAAGAAGUUUGACGACGUAUAUGAUCUCUUAAUAAAAUCGAAAGCCAGAAAUCACAUCUACAGGAUGCCAUUUGCUAUCGAAAACACAGAUCCAAACGACACCGGUAUUACUGAAUUAAAGACAGCAAUAUUUGAAAUAGGAUCAGAAAAAGCUAAAGCCAGCAAGGUUCCAGCAAAAUGGAUUCAAUUAGAAGAGGCAUUAAAAGGAAACAAAGAAAAUAGAAAGAUUUUAAAAUAUGAGGAUGUUCAAAACAUAGACAAGUCUACAGAUUUGCCUAUCAAUGAUGAGGGUCAGUUAAAGCUUUUCCUAAAAUAUCACCAUGCAAAAGGAACAAUUGUGUACUUUGAUGAGGAAAAUCUUCGGGAAUUUGUCGUUAUUGAUCCGCAAUUUUUGGUGGAUGCUUUUAAAUGUAUCAUUACAUCUAAACGAUUUUGUAAGUGGAGAUCAGACAUACAUGAGUUAUGGGAAAAGUUGAUAGAAACCGCAGUUCUAGACAAAUAUUUGUUGAACAGCAUUUGGGAGCAUGAUGACAAAAACCAUUUUAUGGAACAUAGAGAUAUUCUGUUGGCUUUUUUGCAGAGACAUCGAAUAUUGGCUGAGAUGCAGGUAAUUGAUGAGAUUACUAGUGAUGCAAGAGGCACGGGGAAAUACAUUGUACCAAGUCUUUUAAAAAGUGAGGGUGAUCAAUCAAUUCUAAAGAAAUGUGUAGAAGGAAAGAAUUAUUCGUUAGUCAUACUUGGUCUUUCAUUGGAAGAUACAACGAUUAUCAAAACUGUAUUUGAAAGAACUACUGCAGCAGCUCUCGAGAGAUGGCCGCCAAUAGAGAUAGAUGGCAUAUCGUUGGUAUUUCAGAGUACUUCUUUCUACCUUCUUGAUCUUCAACAUGCAGGUAUCAUUGCAUAUUCUACUGAAAGGGGAAUUGAGUUAGCAGUAGUCAAUCAAUGCCCUCCAGCAAAUGUUGAAAGUGCGGUUUGUGACCGUUUCCGUAGAUUCGUAGAAACUGUCGUUUCAAACGAGUUCCGGCGUCACAACUGCAGUAGAAACGAUAUUCCUUUUACUUAUUACCUGAAGUGCAACCAUGCCGCUCAUAAAUGUCAAGGAAGUAAAAAUGUUCAUUAUGGAUUAGAGAACAUCAAAAAGAAAUAUCGUGUAUGCUGCCCAGAUAAUUCAAACCAUGCAAUAAUUACGAAGAAAGCAUUAGCAGAAUGGUUUCAAGAUGGAACUAUUAUUAAUAACGAAAAAGGCCUUCAAAAGAUAGUCACGGAAAAGGACUUGACGAAAGUUGCCUUAACUAUCGGUCAGAAUUGGGAGCUAUUAGGACCCAUGUUAGGUGUCAGCAAAGUAGAUGUUGAACGAAUAAAAAUGGACCAUAAGCAUUGUACAGAGACAUCUAUUUUUUACAUGUUGCACAAAUGGAAUAUGCAAUGUCCUGAUAAAAAUACCAUGGGCGAUUUGAUAAAUACAAUGAAAGAAUGUGAGGCACUCUCAGUGGAUUGGGAUAAAGUCAACAACCUAUUGGACGGGUUCUUCGUGCAAUAAAGGUGAAGCAGAAAAAAGGCGUUUUCAACAACAACAACAACAACAACAACAACCCAGCUCCAUGAAUAAUUAAUUGCCCCGGAUUAAAGUAAAAACAAAUUAUCAUUCAUUGUCCAUUGAACCAUGUGAAAUUGAACAAAGAGUAAUUAUAAUGAACUCUACCACUACACACAAAGUUUUUUGUUGGUUACUUCUGUGAUUUAUACUUUACACAUAAUACGCUGUGUGUCUAAAAUGUCAAGCGAAUAGACUUCUUGGUGUAUUUUAAAUGAUAUGUUAUUCGGAAAGGUUCUUUGUGUUAUAAACGUACACGUUCUUAUAUGGCAAUUCUACGGAUGUUGACACUGAUUAGUUGAGGUUAAUAACACUAUACAAGUAUGUGCUAUGACACAAAUACUGUAGAUUUUACUUUUGUAACAGUUAAAAGAACGUUAUUCAAUGAAAUGAUUCAAGUACAUUUAUUUACGUAAAUUGUCUUUGACUUAUUUUUUUGUUCUUUUUGUGAACUUAUUAUCUAAAUCUCAAUUUCAUUGUUUGAUAUACUAAUACAUGUACAUGUUUAAAAUGA